AUGAAACUCGGAACUCUUCUAGGACAUUUGCCUUUCGCUUCGCUUAUCUUCUCACCCACCGACCUUGAAUACUACAAUACAGUGAAAAUCCGGACUUUGUUAUUACAAUUAGUAAAUGCAUCGUAUCUAAUAUGUAGUGCUUAUAUGUUAUGGAAAGGGAUAGGAGUGUUAUGUAAUACGGAUAGUCCAGUAGUAGUAGUUUUAAGUGAAAGUAUGUAUCCGGGCUUUCAUCGUGGAGAUAUUCUUCUCCUGGCUAAUUGGAAGAAGACUGAACGAGCAGGUGAUAUUUGUGUCUUCCAGUUGAAGAAGAACGAGAUUCCAGUGGUGCAUCGGAUUAUUGAUAAGCACUAUGGUAUUCGUGGGCCUGAGGCUUUGCGUAUUACAACUAAGGGAGAUAAUAAUAGCACAGAUGAUAUGUUUUUGUAUACGGCUGCUGGACGGUACUAUCUGGUUAGAGAUGAUAUCAAGAACUAUGUGUAUGCUAGUUUUCCAUUAGUUGGUUUGAUGACUAUUUGGGCUAAUGCCUGGCCGGGUUUGAAGUAUGUGAUUAUUGGUAUCUUGUUCUUGGAUGUCUUAUUUAGUCGGGAUGAGAAUGCGACUGGUGCGAAUGCCGCUCAGAAGAAAAAGGUAGAGGGAGAUAAGGAGCAGGAUAAAGAUAAGGAUAAGAAGAAAGAUUAA